AUGGCGCCUCAAGCACAAGCUCCUUGUAUGGUGGAUGAUCAAGAAUACGAGAACGAGCUCGUCCAAGUUCUCGCUGAAAAUGGAAUCAAGCAAGUUCCACCAAGUUUUGUGCAAACUGUGGAGGAUGCUGCCAAUCAAGGGGACCUCAUACCCGUCAUUGACAUGACCGCGCUUAGAGGUGAUUCUAGAAGGGCACCCGAGCUUGCCAAGCUCGCGAGCGCCUGCCAGGAAUGGGGCUUCUUUCAGGUUAUCAACCAUGGAGUGACCAUCUCUGACUGGGUAGACGUCCUGGUCGUGUACACUGAGCCACCAUCACGCAAAAACAUUGACAAAUGGCCACUGCAACUCAGAGAAGGCAUUGAAAGUUACAGUGAUGAUCUCAAGGAACUUGUGCUGGAGAUGAAUUGUGCUAUAUCCGAUACACUCGGAUUAUCUAGAGAUUACAUCAACAAAAUGUGUGGUGAAUACUCGUCUGCGCUUCGAAUCAACUUCUAUCCUCCAUGCCCAGAGCCAGAUAAAGCUCUGGGAGUAAGUCCACACUCGGAUGGUUCAACCAUCACUGUCCUUUGCGAGGAUUCGGGCCAUGAAGCUUUACAGGUAAGAAAAGAUGGAGAUUGGGUAUCUGUGAAAGUUGUUCCAAAUUCUCUCAUUGUCAACAUAGGAGACAUUGUCCAGGUGAUUAGCAAUGGGAAGUACAAAAGCGUGGAGCAUAGAGCAGUUGUCAGCUCUGAACAUGAUCGUAUUUCAGCAGUCAUGUUUAAUUAUCCAUCUAUGAAUUCGCACGCUACCAGUGCCACCCGUGUAAGUGUGCUGGCCAAGUCAAUAAUCGUAAUGCUGUACACCUAUGGAGGUGGAUGA